UGUCCUCAGGGAACUCCGGCUCGAUGGAGAGAUUUCCACUCCGCCACGAUCAUCGGCUCGAAGAUGUUUGUGUUCGGCGGGCGCGCGGAUCGGUUCGGGCCGUUUCACUCAAACAACGAGAUUUACUGCAACAAGAUCAAGAUCUUCGACACCGAGACCAACAGCUGGAUGAACACCGCGUCUGCGCAGCUGCUGCCCGAGGGCCGGCGGAGCCACUCAGCCUUUGCCUAUAAUGGAGAGCUGUAUAUAUUCGGUGGUUAUAACGCUCGUCUGGAUCGACACUUCAACGACCUCUGGAAGUUCAACCCAGAGGCGUUCUCCUGGAGGAAGGUGGAGCCGAGGGGUAAAGGCCCGUGUCCCAGGCGGAGACAGUGCUGUUGCAUGGUGGGAGAUCGCAUCAUACUCUUCGGGGGAACCAGUCCGUGUCCGGAGCAGGGGAUGGGGGACGAGUUCAACCUCAUGGACCAUUCAGACCUGUACAUCCUGGACUUCAGUCCUAAUCUGAAGACUUUAUGCAAGUUAGCGGUUAUUCAGUACAGUCUGGAUCAGUCUGGACUCCCUCAUGACAUCAGGUGGGAGCUGACGGCCAUGACCACGAACAGUACCAUCAGUCGGCCCAUAUUCUCGUCUCACGGCUGACCCGUGGCGGCUCCUCCCGUGUGGAUCCGGAUCCCAGUUCUCCGUCGGUCCUGCUGUGGCGAAGGCCUUUUCCCAGUUUGAUUCGCCACUGUUGAACUUCUGCGGAGAAAUGGACCUUCACGCUUUUAAACCAGUCCAAUUAUUCAUCAGUGUUACAGUGUUUUAUUGAGAAUCUGGAGUGAAAUGAAGGUCAUUUAACCUGUAAUCUGUCAUUGCUCUGCUUGUGUGUUCAGAUUGCUGGUUUAUAUGCAAGACUUUCGUUACGACCCGCUCAUAUCAGAGGAGACAUCCCUAUGUUUUCCCACAGUGCUUCUGACAAUAGUCCACAAUCAAUAGACAGGAGAAUAUUCCCUCUGCAUGCGUGCGUCCCUCAGGAUCCGCACCGUAAAAACUCCACAAAGACAUGAUGUUGUGAAAGAUUACAUGUUUUCUCAUUUACUCAAAGGCAGCGAAAGAUGUUUCACUUCAGAGCAAAUCGGCACGAUCUAAUAAACACCUGGAGAAAACGGGGAUCAAUCUGAAUCACAAACCCAGUGUAUUUCCACACACACAUCCAUCAGAAUGUGGACGGUUCGAUUGCUCGGUGUUGGUGUUGAUGGGUAUGACGGUGCCAAAGCUGAAGCUCGUGCUUUAUUCCCGCGGGACUCUCCGGCGUCUCGUCCAGUGCCUGAUGCUCCUCUGGACACUUCCGAUCUUCACAAGCUCUCGAGUCCAAGCGCACACGGUUUUAACGGCUUCUACUCGGACCGGAUUUGAAAUAUGUCCUAUUUGAGAUUUUAUUGUGUUUGAAUAUCUGACGCCAAACUGAAUAUUGCAACCUGACGAAAACGAGAAGUCCUAAAAUCAAAUCAAGUGCAUUUUCACACUGACGUGUAGCUGACAGACGGGGAUCGUGAUGGUUUAGUGACGUGCUGCUGCUUUAAAGAGUCAUUCGGAUCCACGAUGGUGUUGCUGACGUGCUAACGGAGAAAUGAAGGAGAGCUUGUGUGUUGUGAUGGUGUGAGCGCUGCGGUUCCCUCCGGCUGCUGAUGUUUGGAAACGACAUGAUUCCUCAGUGGCGGAUGAACCUUUUCCACAAGUCACGACUCGAUCAAUGUUGUAAACGGGUUUUCAAUGGAAUCUUUUGAAUUUCCUAAACAAUAAAGUUGAGGAUAAUUUUG